AUGAUACGAGCGAAAAAUGGGAUAAACACGCUUAUUGAUAUACAAAACAUUAACAAUUCAAGUCACUUAUCAAUUAUUGAUAUGAAUGUGUUGAGUAAAAGUUUAAAAGGCGGGAAGAAAAUAAGCCGAAAUAUAAAUUUAAAUAGAACAAUUUGCAAUAAUUUUUUGGAAAAUUAUAAUUAUUCAAGUUUAAUUGAAAGGAAAAAUGGUAUAGUAAGUAAAGAUUCAAGAUUUGGUGGGAAGGAGUAUAUUAAGAGGUAUGGUUAUGGAUGGAAAAAUGAUAUGGUUAGAAAUACAAAUAAAAUUAUAAAAAUAUUAUCUAUAGGUUAUUAUACUGAAGCAAAUAAUAAUAAAGGAAAUGAUAAGAAUAAAAACACAGUUUUUGAGGAAAAUGAAUUAAAUAGUAACAAAUAUGAAGAGUGGAAAUCUCCACAAAUAAAUAAUGUAAAUGAUAAAAAUAUAUUUAAUAAUGAAGAUAACAAAAUAUUAAACAGACAUGAACAUAUAGACGUAAAUAUAUUAAAUGUUGACGAAGAAAUUAUUAACAACCUAAAAUUUAUCUUAAAAAUAAAUAAAUUAUAUAUGUAUCAGUAUAUUAUAUUUAAUGAAAUUGUUGUAAAAAAUUGUAAGCAUUUACUUAUAUAUAAUAAAACAGGAACAGGAAAAACUUUAUGUUAUUUAUUACCAUUAAUACAAAAGAUAAUAAAUGAUAAAUUUGAUUGCAAUAGAAAUGUAUUAAUACUUACACAAAAUAUAUAUUUGUGUAAACAGUUAUAUAUUUAUAUUUUGUCUAUAUACCCUAAUUUAAAUGUGUGUAUAUUAAGUGAUGAAAAUGAUUCUUUUAGUAAUAUGAAAAAGAUGAGAUCAAGUGUUGUUGUUAAAAAUAAUAUUAUAAAUAAGGAAAAUUUUAAUACAGAUAUGGAAAUAGAAAAUAGUGGAAUACAUUUUUAUUUAUGUACACCUAACAAGUUUGAGAGUUAUAUAAAAAGUUAUAAAAACAAAAAAAAAAAUGAUAAAAAUAUUAUGAACAAUGUUUUGAAUUGUGUUAAUACUAUUGUUGUUGAUGAGUUUGAUUAUAUUAUAGAAAAUAGAAGAUUGAUAUUUAAUUUUUUAUUUUAUUAUUCUUCAAAAAAUGGAUUAAAUUUCAUAGAGAAUGAAAUAAAUAAGAAAGAGAAUAAUAACAAUUAUGAUAAUUUAAAUUAUAAAGAUUUUAAUAUGUAUUUAUUUACAGCUAAUAUAAAUGAAUUAAUGAUGAAAAAAAUAAAUGAGCAUUUGUUUGAUUUUAUUUUUUUCGAUUUUGUUAAUGGUAUUAAAGAAACGAUUAAAAAUAAAGAAAAUGAAAAUACAAUUUCAUGUAACUCGAAUAAAAAUAAGAAAGAUAAUUCAUUUCAAUUAUUAAGUAAAGAAAAUAAAAAGUAUAGCUUAUGUAAUUUAAAUAUUUCUCAUUUUAUAUGUAAAAUAAAUACUCCAUCAAAAUAUAAAUAUGUUCCCUAUUUUUUAAAUAUAUUUUUUUUUAACCAAAAAGGUUUAUCAAAUAAAAAUCAAAGUAUGCUUGAGCGACAAAAACAAUUUAAUGAUAUAGAUAAAGAGGAAUAUGAUAGUAAUAAGUUGAUUUCUGAUUAUAUGAAUAAAAAUACAUCUACAAUUAUUGAAGAUGGUGACAAAAUAAACAAAUGUAUAAUUUUUUCAAACUCAAAAGACGAGGUGGAAAAGUUGUACGAAAAUGCAUUUUUGAAACCCCAUGCAGUUAUGAUACAUUCAGAUUUAUUGACAGCACAAAAAAAUGAAAAUAUAAAUUUAUUUAAAUUAGGAAAAAAAAAAAUACUUAUUACAACAGAUAUAGUGAGUAGAGGAUUGGAUAUAGAGAAUGUUGUUUUCAUUUUAAAUUAUUCUCCACCAGUGUCUCCAAAUGAUUAUGUACACAGAUCUGGGCGAACUGGAAGAGGGAAAGAAAAAGGAGUUUGCCUAACAAUUUACCAUAAAUAUGAAUAUCGAAAUUUAGAAAAAGUUAUAAAAUAUACAAAAAAUAAUUUUCAGGUUAUUCUAUGCCCACAUACAGAUGAAGUAUACAAAUUUUCCGUAGAUACAUUAACAGACACAAUAAUGAAAAUGCCUCCCGAAAAAUAUGAAUCUCUUCAUAACAAGUCAAAAGAAUUAUUUGAAAAAUAUAAUACAAGAAUAAUAGCUCAAAUAUUGUCCAUUUUAUUAAAAUUCGAUAAAAAAGGCCAAAAUAUUUCUUUGUUAUCAGGAAAGAAAAAUUACACCUCUGUUUUGAUAAAAGAUCCAUUUUUUGAGCUCAUUAAGAAUAAAGAUGAUAUUAUUAAUAUGCUGAAAGUUACAAUCGGGAGUGGAAACUUUUCAAGCAUUGUCGGAGAUAUAGCAAAAUGUGAUGAAGGUUAUAUUGCAGAUAUUUGUAGUAGCUCUGUUAAUAAGAUUAUAAAUUUAUUUAACAAUUCAAAUUCACACUACAGAAAUAAAGGGGUAGAAAUUAAUACAAUAAUAGAGUUGCCUCAAAUUGUUCGAGAGAAAAAAAAUGUCAUGAAGAAGAACAAAAAAACACCCUGGAUAAAAUAUAAAUUACAAAGAAAGAAGAUUAUAAUUUUAGGAAGAAAAGAAGAUAAAUAUAAGAAGAAAGGAACUGCUGAAUUCAUAAAAGACAUAAAUAGGCCCAUUUAG